AUGUUUUGCAACACGAUUAUAGCAUUGUAUUUCCUCCCUGCAGCGUAUGAUGGUGCCAGUUGCUCUGCCUCCUUGCGGUACUUGUUAGGAUCAGUAUUUUUCAUUGUAGCUCUUCUCAUUGGUGUGAAGUGGACAUGUUCUAGAGAUCCAACCCAGGCUAUUGCUAAUAGAUUAAAAGAAAUGUAUGAAAUAUAUUGUCAGCAUUUUCAGCCAGAUGAGGAUUUCAGUAACUGUACCAAAGGUAGAUUUAAUAUAGGAACAAUGCAUACACCAACCAGGAUGUACUCACUGAGAGCAGGAAUUCUGCUUUUGAGUCAUUUGGAGAUGGAUCACAGAAAUUAUACUGUAGAGUUGACAAAGAAACUGAAAUCCAAUGACUCCAUAUAUACUCAGUGCACUUCUGUUGUAAGACUCCUUUGUGACUCUCUUGGCUUAGAGAGUUCCCCCGUGAUCCGCACCCUCGAGCAGCUCUCCAGUUUCACAUUUAGGUGUGCAUUACCUGUUACCCGGAUCCGUCAGAAUUAUUCCGCUGAAGCCGAGGCCGGUGUCAACCAUCUGGUUAAUCUGCAUCUGCGGGCCUCUUACACCUACCUUUCUUUGGGCUUCUAUUUCUAUCGUGAUGAUGUGGCCUUGGAAGGUGUGGGACUCUUCUUCCGUGAGUUGGCGAAGGAAAAGCGUGAGGGUGCUGAGCGUCUCUUGAAACUGCAAAACCAGCGUGGUGGUCGUGCACUCUUCCAGGGCGUGCAGAAUCCCUCCCAAGAUGAGUGGGGAAGAACCCUGGACGCCAUGGAAGCCUCCCUGGUCCUGGAGGAGAACCUGAACCAGUCUCUUCUGGAUCUGCACGCUGUGGGUGCUACCCACACAGACCCCCACCUCUGUGACUUUCUGGAGAAUCAUUUCCUCAACGAGGAGGUGAAAAUUAUCAAGAAGAUGGGCGACCACUUGACCAACCUCCGUAGGAUGGCCAGUCUCAGGCAGGGCUGGGCGAAUACCUCUGCGAGAGGCUCACUCUCAAGCACGACUCGGAAGAGCCCAUGGAACCCCGCAACCUGUGAAGGGCCUUCUACCUGA